GUGCGAGACAGCCAUGGCCUGACUGCCGCUGUUCAUCGAGUUGACGCUUUUUCGCCAUUCUUCCCUUACGACACCUUCCAGGAUCUCUGCCCUCUCCAUGCCACUGUACUGUACUGUACUUGAAAGUGACCCUCCAAGAAAGUGAACAUUCAAGUGGGAGAGAAAGGAGGGGGAGAGAGCGUGUAUUUUUUUUCUUUUUCAAUUUUUCAAUUUUUUUCAAAGGGAGAAUCUUCUUUCAUCUUUAUCGGCGAUGGCUUACUGUUUCUGUCGCUUUUAGCGAAGUCGGGCACGGGUUAUCAAGAGAUGGAGAGAUGGUAUGGUAGCCGACAGACACCAUCCGCUGCUGUGGGAGCGUGUGGCCAUUGUGCUGAGAGGUGGUAACUUGAGAGUGUCGGGCUCCGGGCACGGUAGGCCAACUGCGGGCUGGGGGUAGGCAGCGACAUGCUUGGGAUUUCGGGCUACUUUGGGCCAAAAGGUCAACUGUGGUUACCACUAUUCAGGCGCACCCUGUGCCCGUGGGCUGCCAUUUGGGGUGUCAAUGGUGACCACCACCACCAUCACCCUUUAUAGCGUCCCGCCCGGUUUUUCAAUCCUCCCCUCUCUCCCUCCUACCACCCUCCCCACCAAACUCUUCCCUCCUCUCCCUCCACUCUUGCUUGCCGUCCUUGAAAGCGCGAGUUGUCUCGAGUCGAGUCUGGUUGCCUCCAGGCUUGAUUCAUUUCCCCACCUUGCCCAUCAUCCUCCCCUCUCGAUACCGUUUUCAACUUGCUCCGCUCUUCUCGCCCCUCGCUCUUUAAAACGUUCCCUUCCAUCCUCUCUUCCCUUCCUUCUCUGUCAGAAAAAAAAAACAACACCCCACCACACACAUACACACACACACACAUACACACACACUCACCACACUCUGGUAGAUAGUUGCUGUCCAUCACGAUAGCGACUUGACUCGGAAUAAAUACCAACUUCUAUUCCGAUUGAAGGGAUAGUGAGAUAUAACGCGCUCUCUCGAUAACUUGUUUCUUAUUUACCAAACCGAAAUGGCUAGAUCUGGUAAGGAAAAAGCCAUCGCGCCGGCCUCCAUCGAUGUGGAUGAGCUCGUUCGCCUACGCGAUUCGGUAAGCCUUUCCUCCUCUUUAUUUGUUAAGCAUUUGUGUUCAUUUCACCCACUUCCAUUCCCUAUAUCCCAUCAAUACCUCAUCACCCAUCUUCCCUUUUGCUGGCGCAGGAGUGGAAAUGUUCCUUGCUGCGCCUUGAGCCGCAUCUCAUCCUGGAAUCCUUUUGCCAUUCCCCUCUGUAUCCUACCGGCUUCCGGACUCUGGAGUUCCGGUAUGCCCUUUUGCAUGUUGGUUAUCAUGAUCCACAUGCAGCCGACUUCUGUACUGUCGUCGUCGUCGUCGUCGUCGUCGUCGUCGUCGUUAUCAACAUUAUGGCACUACUACUACUGCCAUAGCCGUUGUCACGACGAUUACCUCUCGGCGUCUUCUUGCUAACCUCUCGGCGUCUUAUCAUUAACAUCUCGGUAUCUUAUCGCUGACAUGAUUGCUAGUGUGUCACUUCGAUGACUGUGCUGCGCAAUUCCGCUGACGAGGCGUCCCGCGCCAUUAUAAGUCUUUUUAACCAUUUCAUCGCAUCUGGUUCUGAUCAGCAACAGCAGUCUCAUGCUUUAUUCCAGCGUGGUCCUACCGAAGAACCGGAAGGCCCUAAAAGGCGAGCUAGACGCCCAAAGCGCGAUCCCGCUAUGCCAAAGAGACCAAUGACUGCCUACUUGUUGUUCUGCCAUCAGGGUAGGGAUACUGUUAAGGCGGAUCUCGGCCCUGAUGCAACCCACAAGGAUGUUUUGGCGGAACUUACCAAGCGUUGGUCUGAUACUCCGGAUGAUCAGAAAAAGGUAUGUGGAAUCAUGAAUCCAUACUGAGUCUAAUGGAUUGGCUAAUAUUUAUUGAUGCAUUGGGUAGGCCUGGCAGGAUCUGUAUCAGAAAAAUCGUGAAGUGUACGCAAAGGAUAUGGCCUUGUAUAAGGCCGCAAAGGAGCUUGCAUCGGGCGAAUCUUCAGCCGUGGGUUUCACCGCCGUCAAUACUGAGCUCGAAAACCCUCAGGAAUCGGAUGCCGAAAGCGAUAAGGUCGUCGAUGAGAAUGGAGAAUCGGAAGCCGAGGUUGGUGUCGAAGAUGAAGAGGAAGAGGAAGAGGAAGAGGAAGUUAGAUCUCCGACUCCUCCACCUCGCAAGAAGACCACCCCCAGGGGAAAGAAGGCUACCGCUACCAAUGGUAACCUUAGAGGUACCCUUAACUCUGUCGCCGUCGCUCCACCCGCAUCCGCCAUCGUCGAUGGUAAAGCCAAUGAGCCGGCGAAGAGAAAGCGCGCCAGCCGCAAGAAGGUUAUAGAGGAGGAACCCAUUGACGAGGUUGCUCCUAGGAAGAAGGCGACUCGCAAGAGGAGAAAGAGCUCUGAUUAGGACUUUUUCGUAGUCAAGUGAUAUUGACACUUGGUGUGGUCACUGAUAAGUCCUUCACUUUUUUUUUCCCCUUGACAUUUCCUUUUCCUUCGAUUUUCUCUCCUUGCAGCCUCUCGGCUAUAUAUCAAAAAAAUCGAAAAAUAAAAAUUCUGCUCAUGAACGGAUUUUUUAUUUUUAUGAUACCUAUGUUUGUUUGUUUUGUUCCUUACUUUUCCGCUUUGUAUCGCGAAUAUUCCACCUACUCCUCGUCAUGUGUCAGUGUUUGAUUUUUCAUUUCUUUGGGGAAUGUCAUGACGCUUUUUAGCUAUCUGUUUCCAUUCUGUCCCUUUCAACACGUUACACCUAUCUUCUCCCACUACUCUGUUUCUUUCCGCUUAAAUCUGCGCAACUCGGUUUCCUGGAGUUGCAUAAAGUGGACUGGAGUGGUGCAUUUGCCCUAUAAUGACUUGUUUCCCCUUUCUCUUUCCUAUUUUUUUACUUUAAUAACGUGGUGUAGAAAAAAUCUGGCAGGAGGCUGGGAGGUGGUUCUUAUUUUGUUUUGUCAUUUCUCUCUUUUUUUCCUUUUUCCUUUUCCUUGCUUCUCCGGCUUUGGGAAGGAUGCGUGAGUGGUAUUAUAUAUCAUGAUGGGAUAGGAUAAAAUACCGGAGCAGGGUGAUUUCUUUUGUAUUGGGGAGAAAAAAGGGUAAUGGUGCUGUGUGUAGUAGUAUGCGAUGGAUGGCAAGCUUGUAGGGGGAAUAAAUGGCGGCGGAUAUCAUAGUAACUUUUUCGG